CGUCCCUCUGAAGCGAGGGGGGAGAGGGGGAGGGGCUUCUCGACCAAAGGCCAGGGAAGUGGUUUGGGAGUGUUCUUUCUUUCUGCCCUACAGAGAAGAGAGCUGGGACAUUUCUUUUGACAAGAAGCGUCGCAUUUCCCUCUAAGUUUGGACACACUUUGAUCUGCAAGAGUUUGCAGCCAUGCCUGUGUUUCACACGAAGACGAUAGAAAGCAUCCUGGAGCCGGUGGCUCAACAAAUUUCACAUCUGGUGAUUAUGCACGAAGAAGGUGAAGUGGAUGGGAAAGCCAUUCCCGAUCUCACGGGACCGGUGGUUGCUGUGCAGGCAGCUGUCAGUAAUUUAGUGAAGGUUGGGAAGGAGACGGUACAGACUACUGAAGACCAAGUCAUGAAGAGGGAUAUGCCACCAGCCUUCAUUAAGGUUGAAACUGCCUGUACUAAAUUGAUCCAGGCUGCACAGAUGCUGAAAGACAAUCCAUAUGCUGUACCUGCUCGUGAUUAUCUUAUAGAUGGUUCAAGAGGUAUUCUUUCUGGAACUUCAGACUUGCUCUUGACAUUUGAUGAAGCAGAGGUCCGUAAAAUUAUUCGUGUAUGCAAAGGUAUUUUGGAAUAUCUCACGGUUGCUGAAGUCGUAGAAACAAUGGAGGAUUUGGUGACUUACACCAAAAACUUGGGUCCAGGAAUGACCAAAAUGGCUAAAAUGAUUGAUGAACGACAACAGGAACUAACACAUCAAGAGCACAGGGUAAUGCUGGUGAAUUCCAUGAACACUGUGAAAGAACUUCUUCCUGUACUCAUUUCAGCCAUAAAGAUUUUUGUGACUACAAAACAAUUCAAAAGCCAGGGAAUGGAAGAAGCUUUAAAGAACCGUAACUUCACUGUGGAAAAGAUGAGUACUGAAAUUAGUGAGAUAAUUCGUGUGUUGCAGCUAACAUCUUGGGAUGAAGAUGCUUGGGCCAGUAAGAAGGACACUGAGACCAUGAGAAGAGCUCUAGCUAUGAUCGACUCAAAGAUAAACCAGGCUAAAAACUGGCUAAGAGAUCCUAAUGCACCUCCAGGUGAUGCUGGAGAGCAAGCCAUCAAACAAAUAUUGGAUGAAGCUGGUAAGGUUGGUGAACUGUGUGCAGGCAAGGAGAGGAGGGAGAUUCUGGGUACCAGCAGGGCUCUGGCUCAGAUGACUGACCAAGUAUCUGAACUUCGAGCUAGAGGUCAAGGUGCCACACCUAUUGCCAUGCAGAAAUCACAGCAAGUAUCCCAAGGGCUGGAUAUGUUAUCAGCAAAAGUGGAAAAUGCAGCCAGGAAACUGGAAGCCAUGACUAACUCAAAGCAGGCCAUUGCUAAGAAAAUCGAUGCUGCUCAGUGUUGGCUGGCUGAUCCGCAUGGAGCUCCAGAAGGAGAAGAGCAUAUUCGUGGUAUUUUAAAAGAAGCUAAAAAAAUUGCAGAUCUUUGUGAAGAUCAAAAAGAACGUGAUGACAUACUGCGCUCAAUGAAUGAAAUAGGAGUACUGACUGCAAAGCUAUCUGACUUGAGAAGACAAGGAAAAGGUGACACCCCUGAAGCUCGUGCCUUGUCCAAACAAAUUGCAACCACAUUGCAGAACCUGCAGACAAAAACAAAUCGUGCAGUGGCCAAUAGUCGGCCUGUAAAAGCAGCAGUGAAUUUGGAGGGGAAAAUUGAGCAAGCCCAGCGCUGGAUUGAUAAUCCUACGAUGGAUGACCGUGGCGUGGGCCAGGCUGCUAUCCGUGGACUUGUUGCUGAAGGCCGUCGACUUGCCAACGCAUUAAUGGGACCAUAUCGCCAGGAACUGACUGGAAAGUGUGACCGGGUCGAACACCUGACUGGACAGCUUGCAGAUCUGGCAGCUCGAGGUGAAGGGGACAGUCCUCAAGCCAGAGCAAUUGCUGCACAACUGCAGGAUGCACUAAAGGAUCUAAAAGGCAAAAUGCAAGAAGUCAUGACUCAAGAAGUAUCUGAUGUUUUUAGUGAUACAACUACUCCAAUUAAGUUGCUUGCUGUGGCAGCCACGUCUCCCCAGGAUGCACCAAAUAGGGAAGAGGUGUUUGAGGGGAGGGCUGGUUAUUUUGAGAAUCAUGCUGCCAAACUGGGUGCUACAGCAGAAAAAGCUGCUGCUGUUGGAUCUGCAAACAAGAGCACCGUAGAAGGUAUACGGACGGCUGUGAAGUCUGCUCGCGAGUUAACGCCACAGGUGGUUUCAGCUGCUCGUAUCCUGUUGAGAAACCCUGAUAACCAGGCUGCCUAUGAACACUUUGAAACCAUGAAGAACCAGUGGAUUGAUAAUGUUGAGAAAAUGACUGGUUUAGUCGAUGAAGCUAUUGAUACCAGAUCCUUACUGGAUGCCUCUGAGGAAGCCAUCAAGAAAGAUAUCGACAAAUGCAAAGUAGCAAUGGCCAAUGUACAGCCUCAAAUGCUAGUCGCAGGAGCAACAAGCAUUGCUCGUCGGGCAAACAGAAUUCUUUUGGUUGCUAAAAGGGAAGUUGAAAACUCAGAAGACCCAAAAUUUCGUGAAUCGGUAAAGGCAGCAUCUGAUGAACUAAGCAAAACGAUCUCACCCAUGGUAAUGGAUGCUAAAGCUGUAGCUGGAAACAUUUCAGAUCCUGGACUGCAGAAAAGCUUCUUGGAUUCUGGAUAUCGAAUUCUAAGUGCUGUAGCUACUGUUCGAGAAGUUUUCCAGCCUCAGGAGCCAGACUUCCCUCCACCACCGCCUGAUCUGGAUCAGCUUCAGCUGAAUGAUGAACCUGCUCCUCCUAAACCACCGCUUCCUGAGGGUCAGGUUCCACCACCAAGGCCACCUCCUCCUGAUGAAAAAGAUGAGGAAUUCCCUGAAAUGAAAGCCGGGGAAGUUGUAAAUCAGCCGAUGAUGGAGUCAGCUCGGCAGUUGCACGAUGAAGCCAGGAAGUGGUCAAGCAAGCCUGAUGUGACUGAUGAGGCAAGUGAAGCACUUGAGGCUGAUGUAGAUGUGUAUGAUGAUGAUGAUGCUGAUGAUGACGAUGACGAUGAUGAUGUUGAGUUGACUCUUCCCUCUGACAAUGAAGAUGAUUACGAGCCUGAGUUACUUUUAAUGCCUACAAAUCAGCCAGUUAAUCAGCCAAUGCUGGCUGCAGCUCAGUCUUUGCAUCGAGAAGCAAGAAAAUGGUCUAGUAAGGGUAACGACAUCAUUGGUGCUGCCAAGAGGAUGGCUUUGUUGAUGGCAGAAAUGUCUCGGCUGGUGCGCGGUGGCAGCGGAACCAAACGUGCUCUCAUUCACUGUGCUAAGGACAUAGCCAAGGCAUCCGAUGAAGUGACACUACUUGCAAAAGAGGUUGCCAAGCAGUGUACUGAUAAACGAAUCAGAACUAAUCUUCUGCAGGUGUGUGAACGUAUUCCUACCAUCAGCACACAACUUAAAAUUCUCUCCACUGUCAAAGCUACAAUGUUGGGCAGAACCAACAUUAGUGAGGAAGAAUCUGAGCAGGCUACAGAAAUGUUGGUUCACAAUGCACAAAAUUUGAUGCAGUCUGUUAAGGAAACUGUACGGGAAGCAGAGGCUGCUUCCAUCAAGAUCAGAACAGAUGCCGGCUUCACUCUCCGAUGGGUUCGUAAGACUCCAUGGUAUCAGUAAAUUGAUACGUUUCCUUGGUCGUAUCCAUUCUGGAAAUAGUAGUGGAAAGAGUCGCCCAUGGAUAACUAAAAUGUGAUGCACGGAGCACAAAAUGAACAGAGUGGCAGUGUUGUUAGUGUUGACAUAAUGUUUCUAAUCAUGGCACAAAAUGACACAAUUUUUGCUAAUUAUUAAACCUAUAUUUCUCUUGCAUGUAUGAAUUAUGACAAUGUCUAGCUUUUUUUGUACUUCUGCUGUACAGCUUUUCAAGAAUCACUGAAAUUGUGUAUUUGUUUGAUAUCUGUCACCACUUUUCCCUCCAUAGUUUGUAUGAUUUAGAAGUUAAAUGAGAGCUUCUCUGUCAUACCGUUCAAAUGUUAAGCACUGAUGGAGUCUUAAAUUAUCAAAGUUUGGUAUAGAGCCCUACAGCACGGAAACAGGCCUGUCGGCCCAACUCAUUCAUGCCUAGCAGGAUGUCCCAUCUCAGCUAGUCCCAUUUGCCUGUUUGGCCCACAUUCUCUAAACGUCUCCUAUCCAAGUGUCUUUUAAAUAUUACACUACCUGCCUAGACUACCUUCUCUGGCAGCUUGUUCCAUAUGACAGCCUCAGAGUGAAAUAAUUGCCCCUCGGGUUCUAUUAAAUCUUUGCCAUCUUACCCUAAACUUAGGUCCUCUGGAUUCCACCACCUUGGAUCAAAGGCUGUGCAUUCACCCAAUCAAUUCCCUUUAUGAUUUUAUACAUCUCUAUAAGAUUACUUCUUAGCCUCUUGCAUUCCUAGGAAUAAACCCUAGCUUUCCCAACCUCUCGUCUGAUGAUAUCCUGGUAAAUCUUCUUUGAACUCGCUCCAGUUUAAUGACACCCUUCUUAUAGUAGGGUGACCUAAACUGAACACAAUAUAAUCCCAGUGUGGCUUCAUCAACAUCUUGUAGGAUUGAAACCUAACUUCCCAAUUUCUAUACUCUAUACGCUGACUGUAGGGGGCCAAUGUACCAACAAUCUUCUUUGCCACCCUAUUUACCUGUGAUACCACUUUCAGGAAGCAAUGUACCUGUAUUCCUGGAUCCCUCUGGUCUACAACAAACCACCGACCCCUACCAUUCACCGUCAAGGUCUUACCCUGGUUUGACUUCCCAAAAUAUAACACCUGGCAUUUAAAUUCCAUUAACCAUUUCUUAGUCUACUUGCCGUGCUCUAAUCUUUGGUAACCAUCUUCACUCUCUACAAUACCACCAACUUUAGUUACAUCUACAAACUUACAAAUCAUGCCUUGUACAUUAUAAUUCAAAUCGGUGAUAUAAACCACAAACAGCAAUGGGCCCAGCACCAAUCUCUGAGGCACAUCACUAGUCGCAGGCCUCUAGUCUGAAAAGCAACCUUCCACCAUCACCCUCUGCUUCCUUCCAUAAAGCCAAUUCUGUAUUCGGUUAUUUAGCUCUCCAUGGAUCCCACGUGAUCUAACCUUCUGGAGCAGCCUACCAAGACCUUAUCAAAGGCCUUACUAGUCCACAUAGACAAUCUCUGAGGCUUUGCCCUCCUCAACCUUUCUGAUCUGAAAUAAACCUGUAAAAUGUAAAGUAAUAUGUAAUGGAUAUAUCAUGGAGGUAGCUUGUGUAAAUUAUUUCCCCUGGGCCAUAUGUUUGAUCUAACAACCACAAAGUAUGGUUCAACAUGAUUAUAUGGACACUUGUUGGUAGUUGGUUGGACUGUUGUACAGCUGUCAAGUCAUAGUGUGUGCAAAGCUGACUAUUGCAUUUGUAUAUGUCCUGUUCUUGAACAUGAACUUCAUUAUUAAGCCAAAGACUGUGUGGUAAAUUUCUUUCUGAAAGGAGCUAUAUUGAAAUAAACUAUUGCGAAAACAAAUAGAAUGUCAAAUGUAUUUUGUCUGGUGAAUUGAGAAUUUGUAUCUAAUAGAAACAAAAUUGUGCCUGAAUCAUUGUACCAGACAGAUUACAUUACUCAAAAAACAGAUAACUGAAAAACCUAUCACUGUGAGCUGAGUGGAAUUCUGGACAGAAUACAUUGUGGUAAAUAAACGGUUUAUUGACAAUUCAACAAUUUAACGCAUUUUGCUAUAAUGGUUUAGCCAAUCAGUGAAAAAAUGUUAAAACAUUUAUAUGGGUACUCUUUAAUCAGGAUCCAUCUUCACAAAAUAUGAAAUAUCUUCACUGUAUACUUGUGGUUCACAAUGUAUACAUUUUACAUUCAUCCAUUCAAGGGAUCUGAAUGAACCGGUGUUUAAAAAUCUAUUAUUGUACACAGUAAAAUAUUCCAACUUUUGCUGCCCACAGCUGCUAAAAGAAGUAUUAUUUCCAGAGUGCAAAUUGUUAAAAUAUAACCCCUAAAUUAUUUCUUAUACAUAUUGGUGAUAUUCACAUUCACAUGAAGCAACGGUUAAAUGUUACCUUUUCUACAAAGAAUUUUUGUAGAUAUUCUAUGAAAAAACAUUAAUUUUAGUUUUUCAGGAUUAAUGGAGUAGAUCACUGCUACCUUAAAGAAAUAUUAUAGUUAAUAAUAUUUAGAUUUGCCUCCUUGAAUAUUUAUGUGCUUUCUCAUCUUUAUGAAGACUGUUCAAUUACUUCCAGAAGCAUUUCCUAAUGUUAUGUUGUGUACUUAAUGCCAUAGAUUCCUUUAAAAAUGGAUUGCAAUAGGAAUGAGCAGAGAAACGUGUUCCUUUGGGGGCACUUCUUAAAAGGUCAGUACUUAUUUUCCUGCCAAAGUGAGCUAUGAGAAGGGCCAAAUUACAUCCGAACCAUGCCAAGAUUAACUGCUCUCUUCUGCCUACACGUGAUCCAUAUACUUCCAUGCCCUACGUAUCCAGUUGCUUAUCUUAAAGCCACUUGAACACCACUAUCGUAUCUGCUUCCGCCACCACCUAUUGCAGCAGUAUCAGUAUGUGAAAAAAACCUUGCCCUGCACCACUCCUUUAAAUCUUGCACCUCUCACUUUAAAGUAACGCCCUUUAAUCUUUUACAUUUCCACCCUAGGAAAAGGUUCUGAUUGUCUAUCCAAACUUUGCUUCUCAGUUUAUAUACUUUUAUCAAGUCUCCCCACAGCCUCUGAUAUUCCAGCGAAAACGAUUCAAGUAUGUCUAAUCUCUCUCUGUAGCUCAUACCCCCUAAUUCAAGCAGCAUUUUGGUAAACCUCUACUGCACCCUUUCCAAAGCUACAAUGGGGUGAUCAGAACGAUACUGAAUCUGACCUAACCAAAGACCUAUUAAGCUGCAAUAUGACUUCCUUACUGAUAUACUCAAUGCCUCAAAUGAAGGCAAGCAUACUAUAUACCUUUACCACUCCAUCAACGUGUUGCCACUUUCAGGGGGCUAUGGACUUAGAUUCUAAGGUCCCUCUGUACAUCCAUGCUGUUAAAGGUCAUGCCAUUAACUGUAUACAUUCGACCUCCUGAAGCACUUCACACUUGCUCAAAUUAAACUCCAUCGGCCAUUUUUCUGCACAUUCCUGUAGCUGAUCUAUAUCCCACUGUAUACUUAUCAACCUUCCUAACUGUCCACAACUCAAUCUUGAUGUAAUUUAUCAACAUCAACCAAGCCAUCUACAUUUACAUCCAUAUGGUUUAUUACAUAUCACAAACAGUAGAGAUUCCCACAGAACUCCACUCACGCCAGACUUCCAGCCUGAAUAACAACCUUCUACCGCAAGACAAUUUAUAAGAUACUAGACCAAGUGCCCUAUCCUGAAGAAUCCUCUUUAAUAGCUUCCCAACCAUUAACAUGCGGCUCACCAGCCUAUAAUUUCCUGGAUUUUCUCUACUUCCUUAAAUAAUGGAACAACAUUGCCCACUCACCAGUCCUCCAGGGUUAAUUAUAGUCCUGAGUAUAGAUUCUACAAAAUGGACAAUUAUUUGUUAGUUAAGUUUGAAAACUUACUUUUGCCUCAAGCUGCGCUGUCUUGCCUGUCUUUAAUCACAUGGAAUGGUUUCAUUUGACCUAAUGAAAGGAUAAAAUAAUUCUUGGAACAAUUGUCAGCCCUCAUUUCCUUCUGGCAUAGUAUCAAGUUGUCAAUGAUUGGAUCAUUUGACCACAUAUUAGCCAUUCGUAUUCAAGAACCAAUGGUAUAAUGAAGUGUACUAUAUCUAACCUAUACGCAUCUUUUUUACAGCAAAUAUUGCAUGAAAUCGUAGCAAUAGUUGUAAAUGUGAAUAUUUACAUUAAAUCUUAAUUAUGUCCAUUAAAUUGACCUUUCUCUCUAUCUCCCAAAAUAUUUAUUCCUUGUUACACUGUGACUUAGGUUACCCAAGUGUAAUAUUACACUAAUUACACUCACAUACAACAUUAAUUUACAUUCAUUUAAAAUAAACGUAUUGUAUAAAUGUUACACUAUAAACUGCAUAUCCCUAAAUGGUGGAUUUAGUUUUGGAACUUAUAUUACACUCAGGUACCCAAGACACGGUUUUCAUGCAAGGUUAGGUUGCGUCAUUGGGUUAUGCUUUUCACUGUUUUACCGGAUAAUAAUAGCUUGCAUGUGGUCACGUAGACAAAACAUAUAUUCCUUUACAAAUCUAACUCAUGCUUGAUGUAACAGCCAAAUAUGACAUUGAUCACAUGAUCAUAAUGAGCUAUUUACAAUCAUCAUAAUCAUACUUUGUUAGUCAGGUAUGUUUUGCAACAUACAAGGAUUUUGUUUUGCCAUAGUCAUGCUAAUAAAAAGCAACAGAACACACAAAAUACAUUUUAACAUGAACAUCUACCACAGUGACUCCUCCACAUUCCUCACUGUGAUGGAAGGCGAAAAAAGUUAAAUAUCUUCCCUUCAUUGUUCUACCACGGUUGGGGGCCUCGAGCCUCCAUGGGCAGUAAAUAGUUGUACAACGAAUAGAUUAAUAAAAAUGUAAAUGGUUUAAAAUUAAAUACCUCUUGCAACAAAUCAUAAAUUACUUUGGCUAUGAAUAUAACGUAGAAUGCUUAAUUUGAUUGUGUUGAUGCUCUUGAGAUUUGAUUGAUACUGUAUUUGAAUAAUUGGCUUUGCCACAAUUUGUAACUUGCUAUUUAGCUUCAUUAAGUGCCUGCAGUUCUAAAUAAAGUAUUUUUUAACAUUUUA